AGCGCGCGAGGCCCACGGUCCCUUUAAGAAGCCCGGGGCCCGCCUGGCUCCCGCCGCCGCCGGGCCAUGGCCGCGCAGUUACUGGAGGAGAAGCUGACCUGCGCCAUCUGCCUGGGACUGUACCAGGACCCAGUGACGCUGCCCUGCGGCCACAACUUCUGCGGGGCCUGCAUCCGGGACUGGUGGGACCGCUGCGGAAAGGCGUGCCCCGAGUGCCGGGAGCCCUUUCCCGACGGCGCCGAGCUGCGCCGCAACGUAGCCCUCAGCGGCGUGCUGGAGGUGGUGCGCUCCGGGCCCGCCCGGGAUCCCGACCCCGACCCCGGCCCCGGCCCCGGCCGCGGCCCUGGCCCUGCCGCGCGCUGCCCCCGCCACGGGCGGCCGCUGGAGCUCUUCUGCCGGACCGAGGGCCGCUGCGUGUGCAGCGUGUGCACCGUGCGCGAGUGUCGCCUCCACGAGCGGGCGCUGCUGGACGCCGAGCGUCUCAAGCGCGAGGCCCAGCUGAGAGCCAGCCUGGAAGUUACCCAGCAGCAGGCCGCCCAGGCCGAAGGCCAGCUACUAGAGCUGCAGAAGCAAAGCAGCCAGAUCCAGAACUCGGCCUGCAUCUUGGCCUCCUGGGUCUCCAGCAAGUUCUGCAGCCUGCUACAGGCCCUGGAAAUGCAGCACACGGCAGCACUGAGGCGCAUCGAGGUGGCCAAGACACAGGCGCUGGCACAGGCUCGAGACAAGGAGCAGCAGCUGCGGGGCCACUUGGAGGCUGUGGCUCGCCAUGGCUGCAGGAUCCGGGAGCUCCUGCAGCAGGUGGAUGAGCAGACCCUCCUGCAGGAAUCACAGCUCCUCCAGCCCCCAGGGCCUCUUGGGCCACUGACCCCUCUGCAGUGGGAUGAAGACCAACAGCUGGGUGACCUGAAGCAGUUGCUAAGCCGGCUGUGUGGCCUCCUCUUGGAAGAGGGGAGCCACCCCGGGGCACCAGCGAAGCCUGUGGACUUAGGCCCCGUGGAGGCCCCAGGUCCCCUGGCACCGGUCCCAAGCACAGUUUGUCCACUGAGGAGGAAACUCUGGCAGAAUUAUCGCAAUCUGACCUUUGAUCCAGUCACCGCCAACCGUCACUUCUAUCUGUCCCGCCAGGACCAGCAGGUGAAGCAUUGCCGUCAGUCCCAGGGCCCAGGCGGGCCCGGCAGCUUCGAGCUCUGGCAGGUGCAAUGUGCCCAGAGCUUCCAGGCCGGGCACCACUACUGGGAGGUGUGCGCGUCAGACCACUCGGUGACGCUGGGCGUCUCCUACCCGCAACUGCCACGGUGCAGGCUGGGGCCCCACACAGACAACAUUGGCCGGGGACCCUGCUCCUGGGGGCUCUGCGUCCAGGAGGACAGCCUCCAGGCCUGGCACAACGGGGAGGCCCAGCGCCUCCCAGGGGUGUCAGGGCGGCUCCUGGGCAUGGAUUUGGACCUGGCCGCAGGCUGCCUCACCUUCUACAGCCUGGAGCCCCGGACCCAGCCCCUGUACACCUUCCAUGCCCUCUUCAACCAGCCCCUCACCCCCGUCUUCUGGCUCCUCGAGGGUAGGACCCUGACCCUGUGCCAUCAGCCAGGGGCUGUGUUCCCUCCGGGGCCCCAGGAAGAGGUGCUCAGCUGAAGAAGGCAUGGGAUGGAGCCCUGGCAUAGCUGCCACCAUGCCUGUGUGCCCAAGAGCUGCCCAGCUCCAGCUUGGGGACUGGAAGACCAGCUGUUGGCCUCUCUGUUAACUCAGAAAGAGAUUGGAGGUUGGGGGAGGUGAGCAUAAACGCAGAGUUCACUGUUGCAGCCUUUUUGAAGGGGACGCAGUCUAGGAGGGGGAUAAAUGGGAUGCCCUUGCCCCAAACAGAACCCAGUUCUAGGUACUGCCUGGGCCUGGAAGGCAAGAGCAGUGCCCAGGGGACUUCUGGGCUUACAGGACAGCGUGUGUGACAAAAUUCAGAUCCACCUGAGCUUGCCUCUGGAGAUAAGGGCCAAAGGAGCAGUGAGAGAGGGGCGGCGAGCCAGAGUAGCCCCGGGGGAGACAGACUCCUCCCUCCUCCCCGCCUGCAGCUCUCUUUAAUUUUUUAUAACAUUUGGAUAGACGUCCGUCCUGUCUUGUAGUCUUUUUAUUUUGUGCGUCCGUAUAAUUGUAUUCUACAAACAAUUUUGUUUUCUGCAUUUCAACAUUUUUGUUUUUUUAGGAGAUGGUCUUGCUCUGUCACUCAGGCUGGAGUACAGUGGCACAAUCAUGCCUCACUGCAGCCUCGAGCCCCUGAGCUCAAAGGAUCCUCCCACCUCAGCCUCCAGAGUAGCUGAGAUUACAGUGUUUUCUGAAGUUUCUUGACUUAACAUAAGCAUUUUUCACAUGAUUGAAUAUUUUCACUGAUUGCUGUAGUCCUUCUAAUGACUAUCAAGUUUAUUUAUCCAUUAUUGGACAUUUAAAUUGCUUUCUUUUUAGCUAUACAAAGAUCGAUGUGUUUUUUUUGAGACAGGGUCUCCCUCUGUCACCCAGGCUGGUGUGCAGGGGUGCUGUCAUGGGCUCAUGGGAUUCUCCUACCUCAGCCUCCUGAGUAGCUGGGAUUACAGGUGUGCGCCACCAUGCCUGGCUUAUAAUGAAUAUUUCUGAGCAGGAUGCUUGGCCACGUUUAUGGUCAUGUAUGUAGGUUGUUACCUCAAGUGAGUCACUCAGGGAACAAUGAGCACUUGAAGAUUUUUUUAGGCCGGGCACGGUGGCUCACGCUUGUAAUCCCAGCACUUUGGGAGGCCGAGGCGGGCGAAUCACGAGG